AUGGGAGGCAGUGACGGCAAGAGCGGCGGGAGCACUUACGGUUGGAGCGAUGGCAACUUACGAUGGAGCGGCGAUGGCAACGAUGAGAUAGUGGCGAUGGUAGCGGUGAGGGAGUUGCGAAGGCAGCAGCGAUGGCAGAGGAGAUCUCGCUUAUUGUUUACAUCAGCGUGGGAGAGGAUCCGAAUUCAUUCUAGAAGCCCUGCUGCUGAGAUCGUCGUCGAGAAUCUUUUCUCAGAAGAAUUGACGCGUCGCUGCACACCGCCUAGGUUGCGACUCUGUGCUGCCCCCUUCCAUGGCAGUGUUCUUGAACGCAAACAAUAUGAAGUGAAAUCAGGAGGUUCAUGCAUUCCAUCAAGUCGAGUUAAUCUGCUGCCAUCCAAUCUUUGGAAGCGUGUGGUUGAUUAUUCUGUAAACUACUUCGAAGAAGUGUGGAUGCGUAUGCGAAGGGUUGUUGAUCCGGUGUCGUUCGGCAGCUCCAAGGGGUCCAUGGUGGAGACGCUGGUGUACGAGAGUCCUCUGCGUGAGGAGCCCGAGGCUAUCAGCCCCAGCCCGGAGGCCGCGAGCGCUGCGCUGCUGGCCGGCCCAGGCGCCGACCCCGAAGCCCUCGCAGAGUGA